AUGCAACUCCUGCUCUAUUCUGGGAUUUUCAUUGCCCAGGCGUGCUUGGCCUCUGCCAUAAGCAUUCCUGGAAAGGUGUCUGACGUUUUGAUAAAAAGAAAAGCCGAGACCAAUGCCACUCUCUACGCUUAUGGUGCUAACUCCUCGGCUUGGCCAAUUGCUGCGGGGCGUACAGAUGAUCCUUCAACGACCGAAUUUGACGUCGACGAGCUUCUCUGGGACCUGCCUUCGAUGACGGGUGAAAACUGGAUUGCAAAUGCGACUUACCUCAACGGCACAUCGGCUGGCUCCUUGUAUAUUCGCCCCGGAGACGAUUAUGCUCUAGGUGUCUUGCCAAUGACCAGAGUGGCUUACAUUAAUGGAACGGUGUCGGGCUUUGCCUUGUUCGCUACCCAGCUUGUGUAUAAUAACAACUCAUAUCUUGAGUCACAGUUUUGGGCCACAUCAACAAAUGACAGCAGCGCUUACAAGCUUGUUUGGAACGCCGAGGAUGAGUUCACGGAUGGAAGUUUCCCAGUUGUUGUCAAAGGUGUGGAGAACUGA